AUGGUGAUGGUUGUAAGAAAUGUGUGUGAAGAAGGCUUUGCCCUCUUAGUUUUCACAGAUUACCUAGAGCUCCAGAUUCCUCUCUUCCUCAUUUUUCUAAUCAUGUACAUUAUCACUGUGUUAGGAAAUCCUGGGAUGAUAGUAAUCAUCAAGUUAAACCCCAAACUUCACACCCCCAUGUACUUGUUGCUUAACCGGCUCUCUUUUGUUGAUUUUUGUUACUCUUCCAUUGUCACUCACAAGCUGCUUGAAAACUUGGUCAUGGCUGAUAAAAGCAUCUUCUUCUUUAGCUGCAUGUUGCAGUACUUUCUACACUGCACUGCUAUGGUGAGAGAGUCCUUGUUGGCGGUGAUGGCCUAUGACCACUUUGUGUCCAUCUGCAAUCCUCUGCUUUAUACAGUGGCCAUGUCACAGAAGCUCUGUGACUUGCUUGUAGCUGGGUCAUAUCUCUAGGGUAUGUUUGGACUUCUUUGCUACGCUAGCCAGGUAAAUUUUUCUGGACGUACUGUAAUCAACCACUUUUUUUGAAUAUAUUGCUCUCAACGCUAUCUGAUUUCUGACAUACACAUCCCACACCCGCUGCUUUUUGGCUUCAAUGAGAUGAGUACACUACUGAUAAUCCUCACUUCCUAUUUUGCUAUUUUUGUAACUGUACUAAAAAUCUGUUCAGCUGGUGGAAGCCAAAAAGCUGCCCACCUGACCACCAUCACCAUCUUCCAUGGGACCAUACUUUCACUCUACUGUGUUCCCAACUCCAAAAACUCCAGGCACACAGUCAAAGUGACCUCUGUGUUUCAUACAGUUGUCAACCCUAUGCUGAACCUGAUCUAUACCCUGAGGAAUAAAGAUGUGAAGGAUUCCUUCCAGAAAUUAAUAGCUACAAAAGUCCCUUUUUCCAGAAUCAAUCUCAAAAUGUGUUUUCAAUCCUAG